CUUGACUCAUCACUUCGCCAGCAAACAGAGCAGAGAAGUACAGAAAUCUUGACCACCUGGAGAGUAUUCGCCGUGAAGCAUCAUGGCGAGCAUGUCCACUGCAGUUUGUCAAGUAUGCUUUUCAUGUUAUGACAGUGAAGCCAAGCGGCCGAGGAUAUUGCCCUGUGGCCAUACUUUUUGCUCCCAAUGUUUGCUGAAUAUCACAGAAAGAAAUGAUGGAUUGAUCGCAUGUCCUCUCUGUAAAAGAGAGACUAAAGUCACAGACAUAUCACAGUUAACAACAAAUUUUAGCAUCCUAGAUUUGACAUCACAGGAUGACCAGGAGGAAGGAGCUCAACUCCCAUCGAAAGCAUCGGCCAAAGCUGAGCAGGGACCUCCACUUUCCGCUGGGUUUUGUGAGGAUCAUGGGCAGCACCAAUUGUUUAAGUGCAAGUCGUGUGACGAAUGGAUCUGCCAUGUUUGCACUGUCAUUGAGCAUCCUAUAAGUACAUGCAAUGUUAUCUCAGUCAAAAAGGCCUUGGAGGAAACGAGGAACAAUAUAAAUGCAGAAGUUGAGCAAUUCAUACUGGAACAUAACCAAACAUUUGACCGUAUAGGAGUGUACGACAAAGAAUUGCAGACCCUGGAGAAGGAAUACAAAAAAAAGUCAUUGGAACUGGAACAUGUUGUGGAGCAAUACAAGCAGGCAGAGCAAAGUGUGGCUGGAGAACUUAUCAAGCUAAAGGAAGCACAGGAAGAAGGCUUGUCCAAACUUCAGGAUCUCAAAGAAUUACAAAUUCGUGUUUCGAAACUUUCUAGAAUCCAAGACACUGACGAUUGCAGCCAAGCGGUUUCUCAGUGCAAGGAAUCUGUUCAGACAUGGACGCAAGAUAUACUGCAUAUGACAAGUGGCCAGAAUAUGUUAAUCAAGUCUCAGAUGCAUAACUUGGUGAACUUCUCAAUGGAGUUGAUGAACUGGAACACGUUGAAGAAUCUGGAAUUUAGUCAGCUCCAGGCCAUUACUGACUCUGCCAGCGAAUCUAUCAUGGUAUCACUGAUCACUCUCACAAAGCCAUUGAUUGUGAUAAAGAAGGACAACCAGGCCUUUUGUGCCAGUGUGACCCUCCAAGUUAACAACACAGCCAUGGUGGGAGAGUUGUGCCCAUUCAUACCCAGUUCUUCCACAACCAGCAUUGAUUUCACGGACCUGAUGAAGAAAAUACCUGAAGCAUAUGUGCGAGGGCAAAAGACCUAUUACCGCAUUGAAAAACAUGAAAACGAGGACCUUUUCACAAUGGUGCCGAUGAACGACGACUCGAUGCCUACGGAUCGCCUUCACCUCUUGAUUCCGAUGAAUACCCUCAUACAAGCCGGGGUUGUAUGGGUCCCGAUCACCAAAGAGCGCUUCGGACAUCUGACCAAGAGGCAGGAGGACCCAGAGUGCGCAGGAGGAGCAACAGCGAAGUAUGGGUACCAGCUUCACGCCUCUGUGGAUCAUCUUCCCCCAGGCGAAUCCUUCAUCUUCAAAUGCAACUUGUAUGAGGAUUUGAUUUCUCAACCUGUGGUGGUUUUCCUGAGACUCGCCUGGCGCGGGAAAACACAAGGUGACAUUAUCAUCGAGCUAGAGGAUGACAGCCUUCGCAGUAAACAAUUCCUGAAGCUCUGCAUUAGGGACAGCGAGUAUUCAUACCGUGGUACUUCUCUACUCACCAUCAGCAACUUUAGAAGUCAAGGGGAAAUGGUCACAGGAGGUGACUACGAGAAAAAUGAUGGCACGGGGGGACAGCCCCUAUUUCCUGACAUUCCAACCACUGAAAAGACAUCACGACCUGUUACAGAGGGCCUUCUUUCGGGUAGCUUUAAUAGAACUAAGGGUGCCCAGUUUAUCAUCUACACAAGGAGCCUUCCAAGGGCAUUGGAUUUUCUUUCUUUUGGCAGAGUUACUGCAGGUAUGGAUGUUUUGAAAAAGGCAAUGCUUGUGAGUAACAUCCGAGACGUAAUAAUAGAAGACUGCGGAGCUGUACUGUAACCAUUUUCCUACCAAAAAAGUACUGCCAUUAAUUUAUAUAGUAAGUAUAUAGUAAAAGUAUUACCUAUUCGAGGCUGUAUUUGAGAAAUUCAAUACAGAAAAUUUAAAGAUCUUUAGAACUCACUUAUUUUUGGACAGAUUAUGAGUAUUGUUGCAUUUCAUAUGGUAAUAAAGUUAUGGCAAGAACUAAAGAAACAUUUACUGUAUCAAUCUGUUUACAUGCCGACUUUCUCUCUCUCUGUCUCUUUCUCUCUCUCUCUCUCUCAUAACCCGGUGGGGCGCAGCAUUCCUUGCAUGAUGUCGAGAAUACUAAAUGCCAGAUCUUCAUAUAUCUGUUAGAGGAUAAACACCAGUUUCAAAUAUUUUAUGUAAACCUUGAGAUUCUAGAUUUAAGCAUGAGACUUGUUUAUUGCUUCUUUGUCUUCAAUUUAUUCCCAUUCAGUUUUACUUUUGGUAUUUAAAUAACAUAUAAUUCACAAAUCAUGUGAAGUCUUUCCUAAAAGAAGCAUUUCAUACAUAUGUUAUUGUGGCCACACAAAUAGUGAACCAGAGUUUUCUCUUUGUGUGAAACAAAACGUACAAAGCUGAAAAUUAUGGACAUUUGACCAUAUUUCCCUGCAUUAUGUUGGUACCCUUAAUCCUGCUUAGGGG